AUGUUUCCAGCUGCUGCGCCGUCGAUUUAUCAGUCGUCAAAAUGUUUUGUUUCAUACGGCACUAUGGGGUACCUUGACACCAAGCAGACUCCUCGCAAGGGCAAGCCGUGGACCGCAGUUAUGUCGAUGGAUUUCAUUCAUAAGGUUGAUCUAAUUCUACCCUCAGAGGCCUAUGAUGCUGCUUGCGAUAUCAUGAUGCUCUCAGAGGGACAGACAACGGUUGGCAUGCUAUUUACCUUGCGCGAAGGUGUAUUGACCAUGUUCGUCGACAAGGAGACAUAUGAACGUGCAGGACUUGUUGGUAAACCAUAUGGUGCAAAGGGUGGACGAGGGUCAAAACCACGUUGGGUGGUAACAUACAACCUUAGGGAUCCAUCCAUGCUUCGGGGGCACAAGGGCUAUGACAGGCUGGCCUAUGCCUGCAAGGCUGUCUUCACUCAACCCAUAACAUGGCUCUUCUGCAAUAGCACAAGCCAAAUCCCGAAUCCCGAUCCUCUGCAAAAGUUCUCUCCCACAGCCUGUGCAUCAACAUCCAACAUAUCGCAGGAUAUCGCUGUUCUUCAACCGAGUCUCAAUGUCGACCCAGAGGUUCUCUCUGAAAAUGAUCGCGAGUCUCUGGAAUAUUUCGCCACAGAAGUUUACGAGUGGUUCUCGCUCAUUCGCCUUGGCAGCUUCCGUGUGGAACCCCGUGACAGCAUCGACUCCUAUCUGUCAAGGUAUUCUGUGCCAGGCAACGAUCCCAAGGAAUCCAAGGUCUGCAAGCUGAGUUGGGAGGGUUUCAUUUGCUUGUCCUUCGAGAACAUGGUUUUCCCUCAGCGCAACGAGCUUUUCAAGAAGUGUAUCUGGCAACAGUGA